UCGCAGCUUCCGUAUUGAACGUCUUGGUCCAAAGCGGAUGGACUGUGGCCUAAUGCACAAGUAAUUAGUUUUCUGUCGCUCCUUGAACGAUUGGAGGUGCCGGAUGAGCGCAUUGGCCGGGGAACUUCAACCCUGGUAGAUGCGACAUUUUCUGCUACGCAAUUUUCAGGAAGAUGAAAUGGACACACUUGCAGUAUUUUGUAUCACCUCUGUGGUUUUUACAGGUUUAACAGCAGGAUCCGGGGUGUUGCCGGAUGGGCCUCUGACCGCGGCCGUGGGAGGCUCGGUGAAGUUCGAGACCACGGUACCUCCCUCGGACACACCUUUCUUGGCGGUGACCUGGACGUUUGUCAACGACAUAGCGGAAAUUCCCGUAAUAACGGCUACGUCUAAAAAUGUAACCAGCCCAGAGUUUGAAGGCAGGGUCACCCUCUUCAUUCAGACUGGAUCUCUUGAGAUCAGUAAGCUGACUCUGAGCGAUAGCGGAGAAUACAGAGUUAUCCUUGUAAGAGAUGGCAGCCCCCCAAUCAUAGGAUCCACCACACUUCAGACACUUGUUCCAGUCUCAGAUAUAAAGAUAACGGCCAACGCCACAAACCUUUUGGAGUUCAACACCCUCAGUCUGUCCUGCUCUUCGUCCGGAUCGUCGCUCACCUUCCAGUGGCUGAACGGCAGCGCCGAGAUCUCGGCCGACGACAGAGUUCAGAUCGGCGACGGAGGAACCGCGCUCACCGUCGCGCCCGUGACGCGCUACGACCACGUGUCGUUCAGAUGUCGGGUGUCCAAUGCUGUCAGCGGAGGCACCAGCGAGUCGGUGCAGCUUUUCGUCAACUAUGGGCCAGACCCUGUCCAAAUCACAGGACCGACCCAAAUUGCUGAAAAGCAGACUUUAACCUUAACUUGCUUGGCCGCGUCUUUCCCAAUUGCCACUUACACAUGGAUGCGACUGAACCACACAGGAGAACUACACAAUUCUUCGAGCUUCAUCAAAAGCAACGUCGAGCUUUCCGAUAGCGGAAGCUACAUCUGUAGCGCAUCGAAUCACGUAACUGGGAAAAUCGUGUCUGCGGUCCACACGCUGACUGUAACAGUUGAAACAGUUACUACAUGUUCAGCCGGUUGCAUCGCUGGCAUCGUUGUGUCCUGUUUAGUCAUCUGUGCAGCAGCUAUCGGUGGAGGAUACUACGUUUAUCAUAAACGGACACGGUCAAAGAAUCUCGCCAACAGAAAGAUCUCUAUCAGGACAGCAGGAGGCAAAGACCAGGACAACACAACAGAAACAAAACGUCAGGAGGCGCAUUAUGCAGAUCUGACUAUUCUCCACGGCAAGGGCACCGGGACGCUCCAUCUGGAUCUUCAAGACAGCCACACAGAGUACGCCACGGUCCGGGUCAACAACGAGCCUCCUUCCUACGACGCCCACAUCGGGCGGAUGAAGAGGCGAGCCCCUCAGCCGCAAGACGCUCACGGAGGCCAAGCCCGGUCUCAGGUUGACAGCAACUAGUGGUGGUGUUGUCGAAGUAGAGACCGCUUGAUAGUGGGGCGUGUGGUCUUCCUCAAUGGCGCACUAAUGACUGCUAUUGUUUGCGUAGUCAACAUGCAUCGAGGUUAAUCAUUCAUCUGUUGACAGACACUAAAGUGCAGCGUCGCACGAUUAGAUCCAUCAACUUCAUUUGAUUAGUCUACUUAUCAGAGGUUAGGUAUGGCCCGCAGGCAGUUUCAUAACGUAAUGGAGCGCAAAUACUAUAGAGUGGAAUAUUCAUUGUUGUACUUCUUGAAAUUGUCACCUUUACUCCACUACAUUUACUUUGUAUCAUGUGCCUUGAAUUUAUGUCAAAAGUAUGUAUGUCAAAGUGUAUCUCAAAUCAUCUUUCCCCUUUGAAAUGAGUGGAAAUGCCAUGAAGACAUUUUAGCUCCCCCAAUCCCCCCCAAAAAAUUUAAUUGACGGAAAGUAUUAGUUUAUAAUAGUGUUCUUUAUAAAAAAAAAAACAUACAACAAUAGCAAAUUAAAUACAAUGUCAAGAAUUAAACGUGGAUGAAUUAAUGCUGCUGUAAAAUGUCAUAUUCCAUUGCAAAUGAAGACCAAAUGCCCAUGAGUAUCGUAAUUGUCUUUCUAAAUGUGUUGCACCACUUUUUGUGUUCAAACUGCCAUUGCUUCAAAACUCACAACUACGGAUGCUUGUCAUCCGUCGAGAUGCCGGCUGGAGUUCGACUUUGUCCCCGUUCUCAGUGAGUUGAAGACCACAGAAUUUCCACACUAGUUUCUUCUUUUGC